UGUUAAAUACGUCUUUGUUACGAUUGUGUUCAGUGGGAAAAUUGCUUUUUGUGCCACAUGAGUAUUUUCUGUUGCAGUACCAGGAGUGGCCACUGGAAAAAUGUCUUCAAGGCAGGGGGCGGUGCUCUCUCUACCCAGUCCUAUAAUACAUCUAUGUUCCACAGAGGCAACUGUUAGUAGCUAAUUAUAUUUAUACAGAAGAAACGAUUAUACGCUGUAUAACGAAACGUUUACCUGCCUAUACACGCAUAAGGUUUUAAGCUCAACGAUCCCUGAAAGCACAGUGACAUCUAAUGGUCUGGAGUCAGUGGAUUUCCUCAGUCACACUCGGGUACUUUUUACCCCUUCAUCUCUGAAGAUGGAGAAGGACCAUAUUCACUGUAUGGCCUGUGUUAACCAGAGAUGCAUGGUCAGACCUGAACCAGGCAUUUCCUGUGACCUCAUCACUUGUCCUCAAGUGUGUGGUGCUGUGUUUCACUCCUGCAAAGGAGAUGAGCACCAUCUUAUGUGUCCCUUGUUGAAGGUACCCUGUCUAAACAGUGGCUAUGGCUGUCCUGUCAUGCUGGUUCGCAACCAAAUGUAUGGACACCUGGGGGUGUGUCCGGCUGGACUGGUAUGCUGCACUAUGGAGUGGAACAGAUGGCCUGUUAGCUGCCUGGACUACACAUCUUAUGAAAGCCUGAGUCGUGGGGUGGAGGAGGUGGAGCAGUUGGAUAUGGCGCUUGCCCUUCAGGAUCAGCGCACACUACUUGAGUCUCUUAAGGUGAUCGCCAUGGCACCAACUGCAGAGAGAAAGCCACAUGUCCUGGUUAGUAAAGAGAGCAGGCCAACAUCUGCCUCAGGCUCAGCAAAGGAGAAGAUUGUUUGUGGAAUUAAUGGGCUGAAGGAGGAACACUUCAGUAAACUUUAUGAAGCCACAGUAGAGACUGCACGGAGUUUAGCUGCUGCUUUGGAUUUUGUUAGCAGUGUCAAUUCUGUUCACAGCAGCACAGUGGGUGUGAACAGUGCAGCUGUUGUGCAGGAGAGUAUACCAAGCAGCAAUGGAGAACUUCAGAAUGGACUGGAGGACAAAGCAUUUGAAGUUACUGAGGGUUUAAGUAAAAGACGAAUGGAGAAGAGUGUUUGUUCUAACUGUUUAAGUGGAAAUGGGGCACCUAAAGGAACAGAUCAGAAAAUGUUAAGCUCAAUUAAUAGACCUGAGCCAGGAGCAACAGGGGCUUUUCAAGAGACAGCUGUUGAGGUACAAGAUGAUAUGAAUGCUGGAAUCACUCAAGAGCCAGUGACCCCUCAGAUGAUAUCUCCAAGCUGUGUCACCCAGGGUGUGGCACAGAGGGCUGACCAUGUGGUCCUGGAAGACAGAGGGCAAGCUCUAUUAGAAAGCCAUAGGUCUAGGCAGAAGUUCCACAAUUACCAGGUUUUUAGGGACCAGAGCCAAUGUUCAUUACCCAACGGACAUAUAGGUUCCCUGCCAGAUAAGUCACCAUGUAGAGUGCAACCCAAAAUGGAGAACAAAGCUGUGGAUACCUCAGAUCUGCAGCAUGAUGAUGACCCAAUGGGACUAGGAGAGAUUGAUCUUAUCACGGCAGCGCUGCUGUUCUGUUUAGAAGAGUCUAGAGAGUGCAGAAGAAUCUCUGAUACAGUCUAUGUUGAUGGUCACUGUGUUGACUUUGGCACACAGACUUUCACUUUCCCUGCAGCAAUCUUAGUAACCAACACCAGAGUGGGUGACAUGGCCUCUGCUUCUGCCUGUGAUCAUGCUGCCCCUCAGCUCUCUUACCCCAGCCCUUUCCACACUCUUCGCCUUGGCCUUGUGCUGGAAGCUCAGGAGGUAGAGGCGGUCCCAUAUAACCACUAUCUCCCUUCAAACCCCAGGCACCAGCAUAUGUUCCCCUUCGUCUGUGGCCAGUCAUUCCGCCGGGACCAGUUUUCUUCCCAUUUCUCAAAUGUCCAUGGUGACAUUCAUGCUGGUCUUAACGGUUGGAUGGAACACCGCUGUCCCCUGGCGUAUUAUGGCUGCACAUUUUCCCAGCGGAGGUUUUAUCCAUCCACCCAGGGAGCCAAGAUUGUCCAUGACAGGCACCUCAGGUCCUUUGGGGUACAACCUUGCCCAAGGGCUAAACUUCCAGGUGAAUCCCAGUCUGACCAAUUAAGUGGGCUUCCCAUUGAGAUACUGUGGCACAUAGCUGGAUUCCUGGACAGUUUCAGCCUGUGCCAGCUCUCACUGGUUUCUCGGACUAUGAGGGAAGUGUGUGCCAGUCUCCUCCAGACCAGGGGUGUAGUGGAGCUGCAGUGGGAGCGAAGACGAGGCCCCAAUGCUCAUGGCACUGUCUCAUGGCAGGUCAAAAAUAGAGUGUGGAGAUUCACCACUGCCUUCAGCCCGGUGUCGUCCUGGGCUUUCUGUGACCUCCCCAGCAUGUCGGACCAUCUUAAAAGGUGCCACUUCAACGUGGUCGAGCACAAGACUGAACCUAUACCUCUCCCUGCCAUGUGCCCUGCACGAGAUGGACACUCACUGCGUCGUGUCCUGCGUCACAUUAACACCUGAGCACACAAGGCCGACCUCUCACAGAUGGCACCAGAGUCACUGUAGUAUUAUGUGGAUGUUGCAAUCAAAGAUUUUCAAUUUGAAAAAACAUGAACUUUUCUUGCAUUUCACGAUGGAUUAUGAAGAUGCCUUAAUCAAUUAACACCUUUUGUGUCUGUUGUUGUGGGUAAACACAUACAUAUAGCUUUGCAUGAACCUUUGCUGAAAAUGCAACCCCACUAAACUAAAGUAUAUUUUUCCUCAUGUAGACAAAUAUGCACAAUAGAUUUAUAUUCUAUAUUUGAGAUAAUGAGAUACUUGGUUAUUGCAUUAUUUCUACUGACAGAAGCGACACAAGAGUUGUUCCUUCAUUGUUGGUCUUUCUGAUUCAAGCUAAGAGCGUCAACUUAAUGCAAGUCUGUAGUCUGGAAUGCCAGGAAUGAGGUAAUGAAUGAAUUAAUGUCCCAAUAAUGUAUGUAAAUUGCUACCAUUUAAUAAAAUCUUGACAACCUUU